AUGGCGGAAGCUGACGAGGAAAUUGAAGUGUUACAGCUGAAGCUAGAGUCUGAAAUUUGUGGCCUCACGAUGGAAGCACUCGUGGAAUUCGUGCAGCACGUAAAAGUAAAGGCAUGUACUAAAACCCGAAACAACUGGAACGAAACCACCGGAACAACCGGAAAUGACCGGAACCACCGAAACCAAAAUCGAACAUGAUCGGAACAAAGUAGUAGAACACGACCGGGACGAUAGUUACCGUAUUUAGGUCUCAUACAUACAGACAGUACAUCUAAAUUAAACAUCUAAAAUUGGCUACUACUUCACGGAUUUUAGUAAGCAUGAGAAAAGGACACUGUAUACAUCUCGCUUUUCUCUUCUCUAAUUUUCUUAAUAUGUCCCUCGCCUUUAGAAUAUAUACAAAACAAUUAUACGGCCUAGUUUUCACCUGAUUGAAUUGUACUGUUUUCAUGCAAAUUUGAAAAGAAAAUAGCUUUGUUUCGUUUAGCUUUUCCAUGUCUUCCACGCUGCCGUGAAGCCCUGAUUCCACGAGCGCUUUUUGUCAGCGAAAUGCGAAAUAUUUCGCCUGUUUCUUUUGAAUUGUGAGCAAUCGAGUAGAAAGAAUUUAUUCGAGUGGUCGCAAUUCAAAAGAAACAGGCGAAAUAUUUCGCAUUUCGCCGACAAAAAGCGCUCGUGGAAUCAGGCCUUAGCGAUAAUGUAAAUUCGUAAACUCGCACGGGAAAUACAAGUCACGUGGUAACAAGUGCUUAGUAAUAAGGGAGGGGAGGUCAAGGAGGUGGAAUUCCGAUUCGUCCCGGUCGUGUUCGAUUUUGGUUUCGGUGGUCCCGGUCUUUUCCGAUUCUUGUUCCGGUCGUUCCGGUGGUUUCGUUCCGGUUGUUUCGUUCCGUUUGUUUCGGGUUUUAGUACAUGCCAAAAGUAAAUACUGAAAGUCUGAAAGGGUUAAGAAAAAUUCAAUUAUCAAAGGGAGUUCGUCAGAAAAUCGAAGCAAAUCUGGAGAAAUCGGGUGACAAGAAAGCUUUACUUGAGGGCUAUAUUACGAUGGUGACACCCGAGCCACCCCCAUUAGAGACUCCAGAUAAGUGA